GACUGCUGUGGUUGACAGAUGGACUAACAUCUUUAAGUGGUCUGUUUUUAAACAAUAUUGUCAAGGCUAAGAGAAAUAACAACUUAAUGAUCCUCCUCGUGAUUCAAACUAGAAUAUAGUACCUCAAAGUGGGCUUCGCAGUUCAGGGUUCCAACUUUGCUACUGUCCUUUUGUUACUUCAUUGACCAAACAAAACACGUUCGGAAGGAUGGCCGCUAUCAAAGCACUGGAACAGUGGUGCAAAAUCCAAUGCGAGGGGUACCGAGAUGUUGCUAUAACCAACAUGACAACUUCAUUCAAAAAUGGAUUGGCGUUCUGUGCACUUUUACACAAAUUCCGACCGGAUCUCAUAGACUAUGAUUCCCUCAGUAAGGAUGAUGUUUUCGAGAACAACAACUUGGCCUUCCAGAUUGCAGAAGAUCAGUUGGGGAUUCCUGCGCUGCUGGAUGCAGAGGACAUGGUGGCCCUGAGGAUCCCAGACAGGCUGAGUAUCCUCACAUACGUGUCUCAGUACCACAACUACUUCCGCGGACGAUCCCCCACUGGGGGUGUAGGUGGGGUGAAGAGGCCAGCAGAGGGCUCAAAGGAGGAGCCGUCUGAAAAGAAGAAUAUCCCAGUGGUCGUCAAAUCCUUUGUGUCUAAAACGGCCAUAGAGAACCGUCCACCUCCCAGUGUCAAGGCUGAAACCUCGCCUGAGUUACCCAGGGCGGCUGAUAAGAAGACAGUUCUGGUUGAGAACUCUAAUAAGACAGGCACUCUCAAUAGCAAGUGUGUUGUGUGCAAGAGCCAUGUCCACCUGGUCCAAAGGCAUUUUGUCGAAGGGAAGCUGUAUCACCGCAGCUGCUUCAAGUGCAGUGAAUGCUCAAACAUCCUUCUCACUGGGGCCUAUAAAGUGGGGAAAGAGCCAGGCAGCUUCAUAUGUAGUGCCCACCAGAGCACCCAGAUCGUCAGUGAGCCUCCUGUGGCUGGGAUCAGAACCGGGCCUGCUGGCUCUGUUGAGCGGCCCACAACGGAUAGCAGCACAGCCCGCCUUGCCCCACACCACUCCUCUGUGCUGUCCUCCACUGUGGCUUUUGUUCCAAAGCCGGUGGAUACCAGCCCAGCUCCCCAGCCCUGGACUGCCUCAGCCCAGAGGACCCAGGCUGCCCGACAGAAGUUCUUCCAGUCUGCUGCCCCGGAAGCCCCCCCUAUCAGGACCAAGCUGCCAUUCUCCAGAGACGUCCCUGCGGGGGAGAGGGUGUCCAUGAGUCAUAAGGAGCUGAACAGCAGGACAACCUCAGUGGUUGGCAGGAAACUGUCAGAGGAUAACUGCAACAAUAAUAACUCGUGCCCGUUUGUCAUUAGAUCAUCUCGAAGGAGUUGUUUCCCUAGGUUUGGAGAGGAGCCAUACUCAGCUGACAGACUGGCUAAAUGUAGCCAAGACACAGCAGGACAGCAAGCCACCCAGCCAGCUAAUAACUACACCCACAACAAGGAAUCACUUUGGCAAAAAUCCUUCAACAAAGCAAGCUCCGGACCAACAGCUGUAUCUGUGAACACCAAAGAGGGCCCUAUUGACUGGCGGUCCAACCUCAGGUCCGUUAAGAAUGGACCAGCAAUGCAGAUCCCAUGCUCUUCUGAAGGUCAGUCAAUCAGCCUUAAGAAACCAAAGUCUGAAGUCCCCUCCACUACUGUUACCAGCAAGGCCGUAAAGCCUCCCUCUUGCCUGCCACCCACGGCCCCCACCAGCUCUCCUCCUGCUGGUUACUCAGCUCCCUCUUCCCAGCUGCUUCAACAAGGCUCUGGAGGACCGGGUACUUCAAAUGGCAACUAUCCAGCUACCAGCUCCUCUUUCUGUUCCCCCAUGGGCUCUCCUCCCCUUGUCCCUAUCUGGCACAGACCUCCCUCCUCUCGGCAGCCACAGCUCCAUGUAGGAGAAUCAGGUGAAGAGAAUGGGAGCUUGUCACCGACUCAAUCCCCCUCCUGUUUGCCAACUAUUCAGUCCAUCGGCUCUCCUCCAACCAAUUACAGAAGACUCCUUACCACCUCUGGUUCUAAAAAUGGAAAGCGUUUGUCACUCACAAAUGCCUCGGGGUCUGAAAUGAGGUCACCCUUAAGCCAAAAUCAUCACAUUCCCAUGAAUGACAUUGUGAAGGAGCUGAAUGGGAUUGAGAACAGCUUGAGUGAUCUGGAGAGGGAGGGAGUGGAGAUGGAGAAGAAUCUCCGCACCUGUGAGGAAGAGGGUGACGGGGACAUCUUGAUGGAUCCUUUGAUGGUUGACUGGUUCAACUUAAUCCGAAAGAAGCAGAUGUAUAUUCGGAGGGAGUCAGAGCUUGUGUACAUUGUAAAGACCCAGGAUCUGGAGGAGCAGCAGCCAGGGGUGGAGGUGGAGCUCCGGAGGCUGUUAGAGAAACCAGAUCAUUUGAAGUCCAGGGAGGAGUGCUGGCAGGAGCAGAGGCUGAUGGAGAGACUGGUGGACAUCGUGAAUGGAAGAAAUGCCAUUGUGGAGGGGCUAGACAAGGACAGGCGGAGGGAAGAAGAGGAGGAUCAGCAAUUGAAUGAAAUGAUGCAGAGUCUUGGAGUUAGGAAAUCAAAAAACAAGAGGAAGUCUUCAGUUUCUAAGUUGUUCAGAAGAAGAAGUAAAAAGACAGCCACGGAGUGAUCAUUAGGGGAAGUGUUCACUGUAGGAUCUACAACACAAGUAUGUUUAAGUCCUCUAACGUUUUAAACGCCUGUAUUUAUGAAAGUCCACUGGGUGUAGUGGGACUUGUACUGUAUCACGUGUCAAUGGUGGGAGAACAUAUUGGUAAAGCAUAAGAGGCUGAGUUUUUUAUAUUGUUAAACAUCUGAGCACAUUUGUCAACAUAUUAGUUUAAUUAUGUAUAUCACUUUGGUGUUGUGUUCAAUGUUCGAUUACGUUUCAGCUUCAGAAUCACUUUUGUUUGACGUUUCAGUUGAAUUAUUCAUAGUUAAGUUAAGGCACUGGAAUUGACUUUUGACGGGUUCUUCCACAUUUAUCAUCUUUUUUUGUUCCUUUUGAGUCACAAAGUAUUAUACACACUUUUUUGGGGUACUAUUUCUCACCACUGUUACUUUAGUUUUAGCAACUUUAUUCAAAAGUUGGUUUUGUCCAAUGAAUGCAUCUUUGCUUUGAUUCACGAAUAUCUAUUUAAUUAUUUGAAAUUCAAAUUCUGAUACUUGUGUAUCCUUUGUUCUUACCUGCUAUAUUUAAGUUUUUGAUUUUAAGACUCCUUCUAAAUGGAUGUUUGACCCCCCCAAAAAAAACUGUUGAUCCUCUGUGAAAUGGUUUUCUCUGCACAUUUAAUUUUCCAUCUAAAACAGAAUAUAGUAAGCAGCAUACAGUGGCACUUACUGCGAUGUUAAACCAGACUGUAAGUUCACACUCAUGCUGUAGGUGGCAGCGUGGGCAUAGUGUCCAAAAACCUGACAAUCCAAUUUGCCAUAGUACAGACAGUUAAUUUAUUUGGUAAUUUUAUAAAUGCAGCAAAAUGUUCUAGUCUUCUGAUGCAAUAAUGUUAUAUGAAAGAUGCAAUAAUGUUAUAUGAAAGCGGAUUAUGUAGAGCAAUAGCUUAUGGCCAUGCAAGGCUUAUAAACUAGGUUGUAUUGAGCUAUUUAUCUAAACUUUUUUUAUCGUAACACCUGGUUUAAUUAAACAUUGGUAUAACAAUGUAUUUGCUAUAGGACUACUAUAGGUUUUUUAACCCAUUUCAUUAUUGCUCUUUUAAAAUGUAUGACUCGCAUAGUCACACAUGAACAAACGUCUGUUUGUGAGAAUUUCAGGCAAAUCAAGUGACAUUUUAAAGUAGAUGGAAUGUUGAAUGAAUGUCUGGACAGUGUGUAUUUAUUGUGUUUUUAAAUGAAAUUACUUUUUGAAGUUUAAUAAAUUAU